AUGGAUGCUUUAAAACAGAGGAUUUUGGAGACACAUGAGAGUAAUGCGAAACUUGAAGCCGAACUUGCUGAAAAAGACAAAGAACUUCAAGCAAUUAAAGAAGAACAGAAAGCUUUGGAGGUAGAAGUCAGGGCUGCCCAUAAAAGUCGGGAUAAUCUUGAAAUCAAGAUAGACGCUGCGCAAAAGGAUCUGAGGGAAUGUCUGCUAAAGUUGGAGGAGAGUCAGAGAGCAGCUGAAGAGAGUAAAAAGUGCGUAGUUUUGUUUGAUGAGUUCCAACAUUACUUAAGAGCUGCUGCCACUUUGGAGAAAAAGAGGGAUGCUCAAGAAGAACUUGUAGCUGAGCUUGAGGAGAAGCUUCAAAAGGUUGCUGAGGAAGCAAAAUUGGCCCAAUCAAAAUCUACCUUGGCAGUGCAACAGUUGAGGGAAAUUGAGGCAAAGAUUGAUCAAAUAGAAAGUCUGAAUGAAAAGAAGGAAAAGUCAAUAUUGGAGUUGAAACAUCUCACUACCUUAUACACUAAUAAGUUGAAGGCUUUCAAGUCAUCGGCUGAAUCCGUACGUUAUGGACCAUUUCUCCACUGGUUACUUUACCUUAAUUUUGCUUUUAACAGCAUAUUGCUUGGUCGCUAA